CCACUAGUCAGCGUUACUCGUUCGUUGGGACCUGAAUCACUGAUGUUGGCAGGUGCUGCUUGUUUUGUUUUGUGGUGGAUAACAAUUGGCUCAGCCCCUCCUAGCUGACCAGAUGGCAUCAAUACGGUAAUCUUUCGCACCAUCCGUCGUGUGGACGGACCCCAUUUCGACUAAAAACACCAAUGAUGCCCCCUAUCACCUUCUUCCUGGUCCGAUCCGAGUCUUGCAUCACUUUGCUUCGAUUGAUGCGUCCACUCCUUUGACCCGUCUCACAUUCCACGCUCAUUAUCUCAGCAUACCACCUUUGCCAUUAUACGCGACUCAUGAGAACAUGAGUUACUCAAAGCAAGAAGAUGGGGAAGUGGCAAUGAAACUGCUGCCCGAAUCCUCCCCUCGGCUGUCAACGUCGUCCACGGUCGCAGACGACCUGGAAGCCAAUAACAAAGAAGCCAUCGACCAUACUGCGGUAGUGCUGGAGUACCAAACCCCUGCCGGCGUCAAGUAUGCAUGGCUGUGUGCUCUACUGGUCUUUGGGAUGCUCUUGACUGUCCAUAACAAAUUCAUUCUUGAAAAGUUCCCAUGCCCGUGGCUCUUAACGGGCAUACACAGCAUAUUCUCCGGAAUAGGUACCUUCAUUCUCCUAAAACUCGGUUAUUUCAAGUUAUCGAAACUCUCUCAUCGCGACCACUUGGUUUUGAUUGCAUACUCGGUGCUCUUCAGCGUCAAUAUUUUCUUUUCCAACUAUUCAUUGUCCCUCGUCAGCCUGGCAUUCUUCCAGAUCAUCCGGAAUACCUCGCCCAUCUUUACCGUUCUUCUCGAGCGCCUUCUCUUCUCGCGCUCCUACCAUCUAGCUACUUAUAUUGCUCUUGUGCCGAUCGUGCUGGGUGCCGGCCUUACUGCCUCUGGAGAUUUCCAUUUCACCGUCUUCGGCCUGAUCAUCUCGGUAAUCGGCGUGCUCUUGGGUGUCUUGAAGAUCAUUGUCACCAACCGCCUGAUGACUGGAUCCCUGGCUCUACCCUCAUUGGAGCUCAUCUACCGAAUGUCGAUCUACGCCUCGAUCCAGACAAUAGUCAUCGGAGUAUAUGCCGGUGAACUUUCCAAUCUGGACCCAUCCACACUCUGGCGCACCGACGCGAACGAUGAAUCCACGUUCCCCGUGACGUCAACCGCCUUCUCACUACUAGGAAACGGCCUGUUAGCCCUGCUACUGAACAUCUCGUCCUUCCAGGCAAACAAGGUUGCCGGCUCUCUCGCUAUCACAGUAUGGGGAAACGUCCGACAGACUUUGACUUUGAUACUGGGAAUUCUGUUCCUCGGAGACUUCAACUUGAACAUCCAGACCGUGUCAGGAAUCGUGCUUGUGGUGGUUGGAUGUGCAUUCUAUAGUAAAACGGAGUUGGACUCUAAAAGGUGAGAGAUAGAAGAUAAUCACAUUUUCAGGCCGCCCUUAUUUAGCGACCAGCAAAUAAUAUUUCAUUAAGCUUUCAUAAUUGGGUUGCUUUUUCAGGACACAAUAGAUCAGUGGCUGAAUUAUGGGGUAUGAUUGAUCGUGUAUUCAAUUAGAAUAGGCCCCUCUAAGAACGUCAUGUCUAAUUUAGGUAGUCAUCUUUGCCUACACAUUUAUCAAGCGCGUCUGAUUUAGACAUUUUCGAUCUUCUCCCGAGCUGCGUCCUGCUGCUCGGCAAUGAUAUCGGCGGGG